CCCAAAUUUAACUGCCUGUUUUUGUUAUGCUUUCACCCUCAAAGGAACAUUACUAUGAUGGCGAGAGUGGUACUGGGUACUUGGCCUGGAGGAUUAAAACCAUUCAGAGAUGCACAGCGAAGGAUAGACGAUCAUCAUUUGGAGAUUCGGGGGAAGGAUCAUCUGGUAAAGACAAGUCUGGAGGACCAACUGUCAGGCGAGAGUCCCAGUUUGUUCCGGAGACUGCCCUGAGUGAGGAUGAGUGCAAAGAAGCCAUCUCACUGAUGAAACAUUGUGCUGAUGAGGACACAGUCAAGAGAAAGAUGAGGCUAGCACAUGCCUAUCGCCGCAACAUGAUCCUCAACCCCCAGCCGUCAAGCAACAUACUGGAUGACUUUCCAAGGUUCAAGGAAGUCAAAGGCUUGGUUGAACAGGAUUUCACUCUGAUGUUUGGAGAGGAUGUAUCAGGAAAGCUUCUGGAGAGGUGGCCCACCACAUUCAAGAAGAAAGUUAUCCAGCAAUGCAGAAAGCUUCCCUCAAUCAGUGAGCUUGAAGAACUCCUGCAGGCAGCAGAUCCUCCGGAGGAUGUCAGCGAUGUGGACAUUGACUUUGGUUGGGACAGUGACCUGUCAUCGGUUUUGCUGCUGUCACACCUGAUUCCACCAUCUGCUCAGGGUCGGAAGAGACCAGGGAAGGUUUCAGCGUCUCAAGUCGAAAAGCAUCUUGUGGUCUUCAAGAAGACUGGAACAAACAUCCAAGAACAUCUUGAUGCAAUCACUACCAGCACUCAACCCUAUCUUCUGGCUGUUGGUGUAGUAGGUUGGAAAUGCUGCAUCCUAAGUUUUUAUUAAACAGACACCCCCUCUAUUUUUUGUUUAUAUUUGAACCUAUUUUAACACUUUUUGUACAAUCCUUUCAUUAUGGUAAUACACUACCACGUCAGUAGAUGGUGCUCUGGUGCUGCUGUGGAUUCACUAGGGAGACUUUAGCUACACGCUCUGCUCAUGCGCAGCUCAGAAAUAAACCAGCUCCAGCCUGAGCAAGACGCUAACUUUCGUCCUCUCCUUAUCAAUCCACAGGUACUGCAAAACUCGGUUCUCUAUCCUUGACUUUAGUCGGGAACUAAUGUGAAUGUUGUUGUAAGUGUAAGUGUACUGUUUAAAUAUGGUUUUGAGACGUCUAGUAAGUGUAAUGAGCUUCAUUGUUGAGCUAAGUGUUACGACGAGUUCGAGGCAUGCUAGUAGUUCCGUCCAUGAACUUCAGUAGUACAGUCAUGGCCAAAAGUUUUGAGAAUGACACAAUUAUUA